AUGAAAGGAGAAAUAGAAGGACGAACUUCAUGUAAUAUUGAAUGUCGUGGAGCUGAUAGAGACUCUGUGAUAUCAAAGGUGCCAAGUUGGAGUCGAGAAUGUAUAAGAUAUUUUUCUUAUGAUACCUCAAGAGAAGCUCUACCCAAACAAUUUGGUGAUUUUGCCCGUGAAUGGUAUUUAUGGCGUGGAGGGAAAUGUAGAUUAAUGGAAAUGUCAUUUGAAGUUCAUUGUGGAUUUCCUUGAA